UCAAACCACACUCCACACUCCACUCCACCAACACCACAACAAACCAAACCAAAACAAAGGAAGGAGGAGAAGACAUUCAAAAUGGCCGACAAACUCCGCACGAUCCAAAACCUGGAGGCGAUGCAAGCGCGGUACAUCGGUACUGGCCACGCCGACACGACGAAAUACGAAUGGGUAUCGAACAUUGUCCGGGAUAGCUACGCCUCGUAUAUUGGUCAUCCGCCCAUGUUGUCGUAUAUGGCGUUGGGAAUGGGCGAGUCGAAGGAGAAGGUUCGCGCGGCGAUGAUUGAGAAGAUGGUUAGAGGCGCGGGGAAUCCGCCGGAGACGCAGGAAUAAUCUAUUACUGCUACUUAUGGGAUGGUUGGUGGUGGGGUUUGAGGAUUGGGUGAGAUGAGAUGAUAUGAAGGAGUUGAGUGUUUGAUGAUGAAUAUUUGUCGAGAAUAAAGGAUAGGUGGAUGAACGGUGGGAUAUGCUGUCGCGUUUGUGUCAUGCAGGUACUUGCAUACUACUGGAGUUCAAUGGUGGGUUAAAGGCGUUGGCGUGGAGGUUUCAUGCAUUACAUUACAUACUAAGGUUAUGGACCAAGAUGGGAUAAAAUCAAUCAAUUAUCAUGUACAACGCUACGCUAAUAUACAAUUACAUUACAUGCUAAUUUC